AUGACUGCGCAGAUUUUUCUAAGCCUUCUUCUCCGUGGUUUCAUCAAACUUUCGCAAGUAAAUCUUCUGUUAUUUGAUGAAUGCCAUCAUGCCAAGUCUGCCAAGAAGAGUCAUCCGUACAAGCAGAUCCUGGAGUUCUUUGGUGACUACGAAAAAACCGAACAUCCAAAGAUUAUGGGUCUAACAGCAUCCGUAAUAAAUAAAAAGCUAAAGCAAUCGAACAUUGAAUCAGAAAUACGAGAGCUGGAAUGCACAUUGAGGUCAACGUGUGAGACAAGCCAAGAUGAAGAGGUUGAGAAGUUUUCUGCAAAACCAAACGAAAAGGUCAUAAAAUUUUCAAAUGCCUCCUCCAUUGAAGACAGAACAAACGAAUUGCUUCGGAUACUUCAAGAUAUUCUAAAUCCAGGCAGCGAGUUUCUUUGUGAAUUUCUUAUUAGUAAGGAGGAUCACGACAGUUCAUUACAGAAAGCUCUCAAGUUUGCAAAGCGUACACUGCGAGAAUACCAAGAGACUCUGAAAGAAUUAGGUCCCUGGGCUGCCAACAAAGUUGCAGGAUGCUUAAUCAAGGAUCUAGCAGGUAUAUGGUCUUCAGUGUGUAACUAGGUUUGAUAUGUUCUGAAUAAAUAAGGAAAAUUUAAAAACACAUAUGGGACCAUAAAACGUUCCCAGGUUGACUUUCCUAACAACUGUAAGUAGUCACACACAGCUCAACCCAUCUUGAAGCCUCAUCUCAAAAUCAAUGCCGCAAUCUCACAAAAUAGAGCUCAUUUGGGUGAUGCAGGCUUAAAAGUUUUCUUUUUCUUUAAGUUAGGUAAAAAGAUUUACUGCGAUCCGUUAAAAUAAUAUUCAUUUUGUCACACUAGUCUUCAAGAGAUGGUUGAAUGGUCAUUGCAAACUUAGAUACCUAAAUUUUUCAGGGAAAAAGAGAUCUUUAAAACCAUACUCAACAAUUGCAUUUUUUUUGCCAGACAACCCAAUGAACAUUUUUUUCCACUAACCAGUUGUACUCUCUUGAAAUAAAGCGUGGUUAGUUCCCAGAGAAAAGAAAAUAGUGGGGGAAACCAAAAUAAAGGAGCAUAUGCAUCUCAAAAUUUUGCCUUUUAGCUGCACUUAUCCGAACUUUGAAAGCUAUAAUUUAGCUUCAGAAACAAAAGCGAGCAUUGAGUGCUCGACUUGUGAAUAACAAUUGGGUGGUUUUACUUCAUUAAGGCCAGAAAAUGUCCAGAACACGUCUUGACCAGCUUAUUUCGAACAGAAUUCUUUGGCAAAAAGUCAGGGGCAGAUUUACAUUGACAGUAAGAUUGGACCCUGAGCUCUGUUGCAUUAACCGUACAACGCCAACGUGGUUAGAGUGUUCAAAAACUAAAUCAAUAAAUGUGACGAUUUAUUUCGAUGGAAAUGAUGUCUGUUUAUCUGUUUUACGUUUGCCACUGCUCACAUGCAUGAACCACUUUAGCAUGGCUGAUUUUUGUCACAAAUAUUUUUUCCAAAGCUAGGAAAGGUAAGUCCUAAGCUAGGUACGACUCUUUAGUAAUUAACCGCACUGAAUCACAACAACAACAAAAAUGAGGGUAAAGUUAGUCAAACGUCAAAAUAUACGGUCUGACUCCAAACCUUUCAUAGACAGAGCGCACAUAUUUGAUGCCAGCAAGGAAGGACGAAUGUUUUGUGAGUUUAGUGCAACUCAGCUGCGACUACUGCAAAGUGUGUAUCACAAUUACACAUCUACUGGCAGUGAAGAUACUGGUAACACUGAAGAGUUCUACAUCAUGCCUAAACUACAGAGGCUGUUGUCUCUUUUAAGCGAGUAUAGGAAUUCACAAAACAGUGGUAAGAGUUUGAAAGGUAAUCGCAUACUUGCAACAUGCAUCUAAAGCAUCCCUAAUAUAUUUGUCAUCUUAAAAUAUACGGUUCCGCCCUUUUGAAAGAAACAAAAUCUCGUUGAUAUCUGACACGUAACUCUCAUUUGAGGCAAAGGAAAUCCUGAAAAAUUAAAAAUUAAAAAUUACCUACCCUAACCCUUAACCCUGCCCUCACCAUUAAAAGGCAAGCUCAUGUUGUACCCCAUCCACCAUCUUGAGGCCUUCUUCAAAACACGGUUUUAUUUGAUAUCAUUUGGUAGGAUUUGCCCACAAUUUCUGCUUACGUUUCGCCGCCAAGAGUAGAUCUCCAAUCUAUUUACCAUGGGUUUGAAGAAGCCUGCUUCCAAGUAAAAAGAACAGAGCUCUUCAACAACGCUGACGCUAAAUAACUGGCGUAACAACAUUGAUAUCAAUAUUAAAUGAAUAUUAAUUAUGUUAUUAAUUUUUUUACAGAGGACGAGUUCUGUGGCAUAGUGUUUGUAGAGAAGCGAUACACAGCUCUGGUACUUAGUGAGCUGAUCAACGGUGCUGCAAACUUACAUCCUGAGCUCUCCUUCAUCAAAUGCAACUUUGUGGUUGGACAUGGCACCGUUGGAAAGGCUUAUCACUCCAAUGAAAUAGAAAUGGAUUGCAAGAAGCAAAAGAAGGUUCUGAGGCAGUUUAGGCGACAUAAAUUCAACCUUCUGAUUGUCACUUGUGUAGUCGAGGAAGGAAUAGACAUUCCAAAGUGUAACGUGGUUUGUCGGUUUGAUUUCCCAAAGACCUUCCGCUCUUAUGUCCAGUCAAAGGGUCGUGCUCGAGCAAAGGAUUCCAGCUAUUAUAUCUUUGUAGAUGAAGAGGAGUAUGAGAAAAAAACAGACGAAUUACAGGUAGAUAAUCAGUUUUUUUUCAAAGGCAACAUGAAUGUGACUAUUCUGAUGAUUCUGAGUGUUCUUACGAUGUAAAAAUACGUCGCGCAUACAACAGUUUUUUUGUUUCCUUUAGCCUGCGUGGAAGGCCCAUAUAGGGAAAGGGAUAGGGAAAGGGGCAGUUAAGGUGUUCGAGAACAUCGUGUUCUCGUGCGCCUUAAUUCCCGUCCAUAAUUCCAAGCAAAAUAAGUGGUAACAAGUCAAUGUUUUAGAAUAACAAAAAUAAAAAAGUAUAUCGCCUUUUCUGAGAUUGAUAAUCAGCUAAAGGUAACAGGGUAUUGCUCUAAAUCUGUCAGGCAUGGACUGAAAUUGAGGAGUCCCUAUCGAAGAUGUGUCAUGGCCGUGCUGAACCUACUAAGGAGGAGAGUGACGAGGUAGCGGACGCAGACACUUUCUUAUCUCCUUACAUCCCUGGUCAAGGAGCAAGAGUCACUAUGAGCAGCAGUGUUUCCCUCCUAUCCAGGUAACAAUAGCUUUCUCUGCUCAGUCUCAGGCGCAGAAACGUUCCAGCAUUCUCUUAUGUCAGCAGCACCAUUUCCGAAACUUCUGCGAUUUCGGUAAACAUUCGAUAAACACGCUUAGGAACAGAGGUGCUGGGGAAAAAAAUUAUUUUUCAGGAAGCCAACCUUUGUGUCAAUGCCUCUUAGCGCAUUUUUCUCGUCUCAUUACGUUGAACUACAUUGUUUCAAUCUUUGUGUCCAUCUCUGUUAUUCAGGUACUGUUCAAAGCUGCCAGGUGACAGAUUCACAUGUCUCAACCCAGUUUAUAAGAUCGAAGACAUUGGAAAAAAUAUUUAUAGAUGUAGAUUGGAACUACCAAUUAACUGCCAACUGCGUGAAACUAUAUAUGUAAGUGUAAAUUAAACCAUUACUCUGACUCUAAUUUAAGUUUAUUGAGUGUAUAAUCAAAGCUACCUAGAGAGAUGUCAUCGGACUAGUUCCAAAAUAGUCUCUUUUGUGGUACACCUGUUUCACACUACUAAUUACUUCGGCAAAGCGCCAAGUAAAGGACUCGCGACGCUCAAGAAUGUCCUAAAGUUGCUUUUCUUGGGCAAGCAAAUUCAGUGAGUUUUCGGUUUGAGUUAGUUAUUUGACGAAGUGAGAGCGGAAUUUGUUCAAGAUAUCUCGAGAUCACUUUGAAUUCUUAAUUUACUUGAGAAGAAAUAAUUAACCACUUAAGUGUGAAGAAAUAGUUAUCAUUUUUGGCUCGCCCGGGGUUUUAAACCGACUCACCCGCGACGCGUCAGAUCUAAGUUGAGGGAUUAGCCAAUUACGCGACUGCGACCCAAGGUAGUGUGUAAUGUGAAAAAUAGCUAUUAAAUCAUGCACUAGUUACUUGGGCGGAAUGCCAAGUAAAGGAUUCGCGACGCUCAGAAAUGUCCCAAAGUUGCUCACCAAGAGAGAUCAGAAUUACUUCGAGAUGCCUCGAGAUCAGUUCGAGUUCUUUCGGCUCUAAUAGAUUUUUUAAUAUAUUCUAGGAAUAAAUAACUUUUUUAUCUUGGCUUUUUUAUACCCGGGAUUUGAACCGACUCACCCACGAUCUGUCAGAUCAGAUCUGAGUUGACGGAUUAGCCGAUUGCGCCACCGCGACCUGAUGUAGUUUGUCAUGGGAAAUUAGCUACAGAUCGUGCUCUGGUGGGUUUCUUGCGGGAAAUGGAAGAAAAGGAACAAAAAUAAUCGCUUGGUUCAAUUGAAAAUGAUUGAAACAGUAAAAUGGUUUAAAAUGGAGCAAGUGGUGAAAAUUACUUUGUUUGCCGCUAUCUUGACUUCUGGUUUUGUUAAUUUAAACGCUGGUCACAACGGCUACAGGCGUUGGUUCGCUUGCUUCGCCGCAAAAAAGUCAAAGAUCGAUUAUUCGUGGUCUUCUGAAAGUAUCAAGGAAAGUUUUUGUUGUUGUUUGCAUCGUAUACAUGCAGCGUGGAUCGAAUUUUCCGUCGCGUCGUUCCGAAGGCCAAAAAUGAAGUGGGUAACCAUCCAAGUCAUAACGGAAUUGUAACCGCUGACCUCCACGUAGCCAAAACUUAGGAUAUGGUGGUUUCGAAUUCCCUUGUAGUUUGACGUGAUGCGUUUGGAUAUAUUGGGCAAUCUUUUGAGUUUUCUAUCUUUUUCCUCAUUUUACUAGGCACAGCUUUCAUUAAAUUUGGAGAUAUUUUGUUUUUGAAGAAUCUUGGAAGGCGUUGAGUUGUUUCUGAAAAGUUAUGAUUGGGCAGAUGAUCGUUAGAAUAACAAGGUGUUUGUAUGAUGCCUGGAGCAGCCAUCAGUCCUUGAGAACGUCUACCGUUUGCAUUACAGCUUUUUCAAAGGAAAAGGCCAGAACAUAUUACAUGUUUCCUUCUCAUUGAUGUUAUCACUUAUUUUAAUGUUGUGUUGUCGCUGUUUUCAAACUGUUUUAUGAUGAAUUUAAAACUACAAAAUGCUGCCUAAAGACGUUGUCGUUGUUGAGUUUACCUAUUUUUACCCCAACAUCAAGCAUUGUAACAACAUUAUACGAAAUUAUGGCGAACCAUAUUCAACAUUUUAAAACAGCACAGGGAUACUUUUCAGUUUGAUAGAAGUAUGUUUUUUUUUUUACCUAGAAACGGAGCGAUUUCUUCCGAUAAUUAGAGAUAAAUCUCGCAAAAGUGCUUAGAAUUGCCGGGUUUGGCUACAGACGAAAGUUUGAGCAAAUUCGUCCGCUCUUGCUCAGAUGUCGAGAGCCAAGAUGUCAGCAUUUGAAAAAUGAUUUUGGGGCUAUGGGUACGCUUGGAAUUGACUGGGCCAUUAUGAUGACGCUACAACCAUCCCUCACAAUAAUGGAAACCGUAAGAGCCUGCGAGCAAGCUCUCUAUUUAAGGGAUAUCGAGAAAAGUAACGCGCGAGUUGCACGCGGAAGAAGAUGUGGGAACUAUUCGGUUAGCCACUGCAAUUUACGUUAGGAAUUCCGAGGAAAAAUUCGAGCUAUUUACAUACUAAGCAACGUCCACUAUGGCUCCAGGUCUCCUUUUUCACCUAUUUCAACCAACCGUUAACAACUAACAACAUUGCGGCAGUCACACGUGCCUGACACAAAAAAUCCUCACAAAUGCUUGAUACCGCGACGCCCAAAUGUACGCUCCGAUAGCGUCUUGUUUUUUUAUUGCAUUUGAAAACAGACGUUAACGUUGACCAGAUCGAUUUCAAAUGCAACAUUUUUGGUGCAAAUAUGCCGCAAGUUUUUUUUAAUCAUCGCUACAAAGAGAUCGCGGUAACCUAAAUAAAGCUGGACAAUUUAUUUUCUAACAGAGCGUUCCGAUGCCACGAAAAAACCUGGCUAAAAUGGCCGCCGCUCUCGAAGCCUGCAAAAAACUUCACGAGAUUGGUGAGCUUGAUGAUAAUCUGUUACCAGUACGCAGUUUAUCAGACGAGGAAAGUGAAUUGGAAGACGAAGACGAAGGGGUUAGUGGAAAGAAGAGAAAGAAAGGAGGACCAAAGAAACAAAAGCGAGUUUAUGAAAGAAAGGUAAAGGCAAAGAUCCAGUUUUUAACAUGUACUGACAAAGACCAGCACCAUGGCCGGGCUGGUCAGUCAUGUGGUCCAAAAACACUUUGUUGGAUAGCAAGAAUUGCACUCUCAAGUCACUCGAACAAAACAAACAAACAAUACUACCAUUGUGUCGAGUGUUGAAGUACGUUCUUUGCUCGUAUUGUCUUAUGUGCAUUUCUAGUUUUCCGGCGAGGCGUUUUUGUGCAAUCUAAAUGACUAGCUGCGAAGGACCUAUUAGUUGUGAUGCAAUCAAUCUAGCCCAAGGCGCAUGACAAAUAUGGCGAAUGAGAUAAGCGAUGCGUGUUUAACACAGUCUCCUCCCUAGCGAUCACUGCUCUUGUUCCAGUUACAAUGGUUAAGAGUAAGGAUUGAGUAGAGAAGAAGAAUAAAAAGAUUAACUUUAAGAUUGGUACCAAGAUGUAAAUCAGAUACCUGGUACCUCAUCGUGUAGCGACCGAGUUGCUCGAACACACCCCUACACUUACAUACAAUGUCAUUCUCAUAAGUACAUGUGGAGUGCCACGACAUGACUUAGGUCUUUGAUAUGUGUACUAUACAACUCUUUUAUUCAUUUUCACUUAACUAGGUCCCUCAGGUAUUCAGAGGUAGCUUGCCACAGGAGAAUCAGUCCCAGUACCUCACGGCUAUCACUAUGACUAUCACCAAACUCACCAGCCGACNUGUACUAUACAACUCUUUUAUUCAUUUUCACUUAACUAGGUCCCUCAGGUAUUCAGAGGUAGCUUGCCACAGGAGAAUCAGUCCCAGUACCUCACGGCUAUCACUAUGACUAUCACCAAACUCACCAGCCGACAGGGUCUUGAUUUGAACCAGCGAUACUUUAAAGAUGGUGUCUGUAACCUGUUUGGUUUAUUGACGAAUGUUCCAAUUCCAGAGGCGAGUUAUAGUUCAUGAUCAGUCACUCUGUAGCUCCGGAAUAUAAUUUUUCCUCGAGAUAUUAAUUAUUUGAUUUUCGUUUGGUAACACGUUCAUUCUUCAUGGUGUGAUGAGGUUUGUUAAGAGUUUUGCGCAUACUAUUCAUCCUCGAGAGUGUCAGAAAAGUCUGAAAAAAAUUUCAUUUUUGAAAAUAAAGGUUAAUAAAUAGCAUUGCGGGGAAAAUGUUUCAUUUGAAUGGUCACAGUCUAGGCUUCCUCCUACAGAAGUAGGAAUAACAACUCAACUAAAUUCAACACCUUCACAGUUUAAACCUGUGAAUAAAAUAGAGAACCGAAGUUAUUACCAUGUCCUUCUUUAGACAAAUACUGACCCUGAAUCUGAUAGGUGAAAAAAACUCGAUUUUGGUUGAUCAUUGAUUGAUUAAUUGAUCGAUGAGCCCUUUGCAGCUGGUCAUUCACGUGGAACAAAAAACGCCUUGCUGGAGGGCAAGAAAUCCACUGAGAAAAGACAAGUAAAGAGCUUCCAUAAGUAGGUAAAAUAUGAUCGUCUGGGAGAGUGUAAUCCUGAAAUGGAAUGUUGUUUAAAGUAGUUGGCAGGUGCAAGUCAUCAUAAAACUCAACGUGAGUUGUUUACUGUCCGUUGAUGGUAUUAAAAUCUGGUCAUUGGCCUAAUAGACUUUUUUACUAUUUGAAAUUAAAAUUUCAAAUAGUAAAUCUCUUUCUCUGCUUUGUGCCAGUCGUUUCUUGCUCUCCAGGAAGAAACUGCGUGACUGACCAGCUCAUUAACGAUUGAUUAAAUCUACAGCUAAGAUCAUUCAACCUUUAUCCCGACUACGGGGAGGUCAGAAUAACAUUGAAAUGUCACAAGUCACCACUGAACGCAAGGAUUGCAAGACAAGACUUGAAAACUGUUCAAAAAUUCCACUGUUGCUUGUUCAGCCAAGUUCUUUGCGAGCCCGUGGAACUCCGACCCAAAGGGUCCGACGGCAGUACAGAUGGUUACUUUGUAGUUCUGAUGAAAAGCAAUGGAUGUGACGUGGACUAUGAUUCUAUGUGCCAUGCUUUAACAAGGCAAACUUCACAGGAGUGGUCAACCGAUGAAUCCAGCAAGAUUGACGUUGAUAUGGUGGUCUCAAAAAAUUACAUGGAGUCUCGACAAAAAUUUGCGGUUUUAAGAGUGCGCCAUGAUUCGAGUCCUGCGUCUCCCUUCCCAGACAAAUCCAAAGCCAAGACAUAUGAAGGCUACUUCCGGAAGCAUUACGGAAAGUCUUUUACAACCAUGGAACAGCCUCUCAUUGAAGUGAAAGGCAUUUCCGGAAGGGUGAAUUUCCUGGUGGACAGAAAGGUGGCAGCCAAGAAAAAGCGCGACGUUAUUGAACUUUUCCCCGAACUAUGCAACGUACUGCCUAUUUCUGCUUCCCUUCUCAGUGUGUCUCUGAUGCUGCCCUCAAUUUUACACCGUGUGAACGCGUUUCUGCUUGUUGAUGAUGUCAAGGCGAUGGUCGCUGGAGCGCGUGACAACACAGAUAAAUCUAACCUCCCUUCAAUUGGUGCUGGUGAUGCUAGCGAUGAAAAGAGUUUACUCCGUACUAAUAAGGACAGCUUCUCAUCGAAGAUGGACGUGGGUCAUGAGGAUUAUAGCGAUGACAGUGAUGACGACGUUGAUGACUUUCCAGAGCUGUUUUCAGGCUUAAAAAAACUGUUCAGCGGAAAGCGAACAGCUGCUGUUCAUCCCGACUCCGCGUUUGUGCUUCAAGCUUUGACCACCACCCACAGUAAAGACGCCUUUAAUCUAGAAAGGCUUGAGAUGCUCGGAGACACUUUCUUAAAACUGGCGGUUUCACUUCACCUCUAUUGCACUUACCGCGAAAAAGAUGAAGGGAAACUAACGCAGCGCAAGAUAAGACAGAUCAGCAAUUUGGCGCUGUUUCGUGCAGCUAAAAAGACAUCUUUAUCAGGGUUCCAACAGAGCACGGAACUUGCACGUGAUGUAUGGUGUCCCACCGGAUGUCAGAAAAGUAGCGCCGAAUCAGGUGUUACAGCAAUGGAAGUCGAUGAGGUGAGGUCCAGUUCAGAACCUCCGGAAAAAGAAGUAGAUGAUGCCGGCAACGCGGAAGAUCAGGGCUUAGGAAGCAGGCGAGACAAGGCUAAGACUCAGGAGAUAGCAGACAAGUCUGUUGCUGAUAGCAUGGAAGCUCUCAUUGGAGCGUAUUUGAUCUGCUGUGGUUACACCGGAGCACUACGCUUUAUGAAGUUCCUGGGUCUAAAGGUCCUCCCUGGCGAUGAUAAAGCGGACAUUUGUGAGCUCGCUAAAAAUAGAAGAAAAGGGUGUUAUGCAGAGUUUUGGCCUCAGAAAGAAAACAACUCAGGAGCUAACCAAAGCUAA